AUGUCUUCGAGUGAUUUUGAUAAAAUUGAUUUGGCAUUAACUGAAAAAUAUGAAGCUGUAGUUAAAACUGCUCUGGAGCAAUCCACAAUUACAGACCUCAAAGAUUUCUACAAUGUUUAUCACGAUGAGAAAAAGGCUAUCGAUGAGGAGUGUGUCACUCCCACAAAGAAGACACCAAAACUAGAGAAUUUUGCAGAAGUUUUUAAACUUUUAGAUGUGCACCCCCCUAAUUUGCAAAAAUCUAAACCUAAAGCUCCACCAAUGCGCGAAAGGGCCAACUCCACAAUAUCGCGGUCUUCAACUUCCUCUCUCAAUGAUUUGUCAUCGAGCUCAAGCCAAAAGGACUCGUCGACCAGUUCAUUGAAUCUGGUCACCAAAUAUGAAGAGCCGCCUACCAUUAAACCAUCGGAUACCUAUAAAAAUUACAUUACAUUCCAAAAACAACUUAAGCAAGUUCAGCUGGAAUUGGAGCAACAAUCCGUGGAGAAGGGAUAUGAAACAAAACUUAAGCAGUUGGGUCAUUUUUCACAGCAACUGGAAAAACUUUUACCCUCGGACAAGGUGGGCCAGGCAGCACUGACCCUUGAAGAGGAAAAAAUUCUAAGCGAAUUGGUUGAGAAAAUGGAUGAUUUGAAUUUUAUACGUACAAAUCAUGGAUUGUUCUGCCAGGAAAAUAAUCCAAUAUUUAACAAUUCACAAAGAUUGGAAAAUGUUAUUGAUAUAUUAUCUCAUUGUUUAAUUGCUGCCAAUUCUUUUAAUGUAAAUAUGUAA